AUGCCCCUUCAGAACUUUUACAAAAAAAUGGGUGUGGGCAUAUUCAAACCUUACAACGCGGAGAGGCGAUGCCGAACCCUAUUUGACCAGAACCAGAGCCUCCAAAAUCGUCUGAACUCAGUACAGACACGUGAGCAGCAGAUAUCGAGUCAAUGUCGUAAUUUAUAUCAAGACAACUGCCGACUCCAAGGUCGGUUAACUGCAGAAUUGGCAUGGAAGCAGGGUAUGUCAGCUAAUCUCAAGCAACUCGAAGAGACCAACGUCGACCUCGAACGACAGUAUGAUGGUUUGAAGCGCAGAUACGACAAGAAGGUCCAGAGUUACAAGGAGCUGGACAAGAAUUAUAUGGAUCUAGUGCGACCCCUCCGUGUAUCCGAUGAUGAUCAUUCAACAAUCUACCGACGCCUAAUGCAUAUCAGGGUAUCGAUCGAGUCUUUGGUCCAAAAAGCGAGGGGCGAAGGUUCUGUAAACCUGAACAAACAAGAAGCUAUCGACUACUUCAGGGAAUUUCAGCUGCUUGAAGAUUUUCCAGUCGAGGAGGCUAUUUUGGACCCUUAUCAUCUGAACCUUUGUGCGGAAUCCGCAAUCAUGACUACAUUAAUUGUUCGGUUCUUCAACAGGCCAUUGGCGUGCAUCUUUCGCCACAGCAAGGAAUAUAAGAAAAUCAGCAGAUGGGUGGAAAAACGAGAUAGCAAGAUAGCAGUACGCUGGAGGCAACAGCUUUGCAUCUUGAUAGCUCAUGAUCCCAAAGGAAUGGAACGGAAGAGAGAAAGAGAAGUGAACGAGGCUGCGACAGCACUUUCGAGCCUAGUUUCCAGGGUUUAUCCGAAUCUGGACAUGUCGAUCAAGAUCAAGGAACUUUGCUAUAACUCUUUCAACCUGUCAUUCGACAUGUUUGGCAUGGAGUCAGUAAUUUAUCCUGUCUGGACUCCACCUGGCACACCAUUUGAUGAUACAACCAUGACAACGCCCCAGAAGUCGAACCCGACAGGAACAGUUUCACUGCUGUUAUAUAGCUCGACAUGUUACGACACCCAGCAUCAGGACUCGUUCAUUUCCAAGCUCACGGGAACGAAUCGCCAGUAUCUGCCCGAAGUCGCUAACCAGAACAUGAAGAACUGGAGGAUUAAUCCCAGCCCCGGUCAGGAGGCCGAUAAAGACGUGGUCCAGAACGGUACCGACAUCACGAACCUAUACUUCGAGCUUUCCACGGAUCUCUAUGAGGUACGUUUGGGAAAUGUGCGGCUUUUCCUUUCAGCCCGGGAAUAUUAG